AUGCUCUUGGGCCCUUCCGCCCUGAGCAUGACAACUACAGAUCCUCUACCACCAUCCAACGACGGAUACGAAACAAUGGAAGCGCUAGACGCAGCAGCUGGAAACAUCCCCGAACACUGUAUAACACUCUAUACAUUGGCUGCGCUCAAUAACCUGCUCAAACAAAGCUUGAGCAAUUAUACGGACAUGAUGUCUCAUGGAUAUGACGACAAAUUCAAGGUGUAUGCUCAAUCAGUCGCCGCGCAGGCGGGUUCUACGCUUCGCAAUUGGGUCAAUACCAACGGAACAAAUUACUUUACGUGUGAAGUUGCCGAGACCGCGAUUUGUUGCGACACGUGUAAGCUCAACCAGAGGCGCCCUAGCAAGUGUGAUUAUUGCUUCAACGAUAAUUGCUAUCACUAUGUCCACUCUGGCGUUCCACUCGGGCGGUUCGGUCCUCCAACCCCAGUGUUGCGGACAAAGGUAUACAACGAAUCGGAGCCCUGUCCGCCAGAUUACUCCAAACGAGGAUAUGGGUCGGAUGACCCGUAUAUGCAGUCGGUUUACUGGACAUUUUCCAACGAAACAGGCUUCUAUGCAGACAUGGAGUCGGAUACAGGCAUCUCGACAAACAAGACCAAGAUUGGUAAUUACAAUCGUGGGAAUACCUGUGCGCCAUCGUCCAAACCAGACGACUCGUGUUGGGCCAGGGGCAUGGACUACAAUGUCCCCUUAAUCAAUGGAUACUCUGCUUCAGAUGUAGCCAACCCCAAAGAAAUCGUAAAGAAGGGCCUCAAAAAUGCGGAAACCCUUGGGCCGCAGAUCGAUAGCAUCAUCACCACUCUCAAGCUUGACGGCUGGAUUGGCGAAGGCUCCGACUUGAUUGACAAGAAGAUGGGCUUGGUGGAAAGCAUCGCUGACAAAAUUGAGGAAGAGAAUACGAAGGCAGUUAUUCUUGGGUUCUUGACAGCCAUUUUCCUCUUCAUCCCGAUUGUUGGAGAGAUUAUUGGUACUGUGGCAGAACUUGCCGACGUGGCAGUCAUUGUGGGCUUGAUUGGAGCCGCGGGCAAUGCCGGAAUGGACAUUGACACCAUUGUCGACGAUCCAGAUAACGCACUACUGGCUAUUUUCGAUCUCAUAUUGAGCCCGCUUGCGCUUGAGGAUGUGGCCAAGAUCAGCAGGGCGGUGGACAUCCGGCGAGGGAUGACGGGGGAUGAAGUGGCUAAGUUGGGCGACUACAUCAAGUCGAUGAUGGACACUAUUGAGAAGGUAAAAGGAAACGAUGAUGAACACCAUUGA